AUGUCCACGGCCGUGGCGUCCCCAGCACCGCUCAACGACCCCUCGGCGUCGGCGGGCGCCAAGCCCGUCCUGAUCGUGGUGAUGGGCACCUCGGGCUCGGGCAAGUCGACGCUGGGUUCCCAGCUGGCCUCCGCGCUCGCGAUCCCCUUUAUCGACGGCGACGACCUGCACCCCGCCAGCAACGUCGAAAAGAUGUCGAGGGGCAUCCCGCUCACCGACGACGACCGCGAGCCGUGGCUCAGAAAGAUCCGCCGCACCGCCAUCGAACUCACCCGCCCGGCCUCGCAGCACCUUGCCCGCGGCCUCACGCGCGGUCAGCAUCGCGACGAGAUCCUGAAAAGGUUUCUCGAAGUCGACGAGGACGACGUCGACCACGUCCGCAAGCUCGCCGAAGUCUACGAGACCAGCGCCGUCCAAGAGGCCCAGGACGCCGAGGCGGGCAAGCUCGGGGCAUCGCAGGGCGCACCGACAAAGUUCCUCGAUCCGCGCCACCACCCUUCGACGCGCAGCAGCAGCGGCGGCGGCGUCCGGCGGCGCGGGUGCGUCAUCGCCUGUUCGGCCCUCAAGCGCUCCUACCGCCAGCUGCUGCGCGGCAACAUCGCCGACCUGGCCUCGUACGACGCCGCCGACCCGCACCGCGCAGAGCUCGGGGCGCCCCCCGACCUCGACGUCUACCACGUCUACAUGGACCUCUCCGCCGACAUCCUGUGGGGCCGCAUGCAGGCGCGCAAGAACCACUUUAUGAAGUUUGAGAUGCUCAAGUCGCAGCUCGACACCCUCGAGGUGCCCGUCGAGGACGUAGAGUACGCGGCGGCGGCGGCGGCGGCACCUACACGUGCACCUGCAGGCGGCGACAAGGGAAACGGCAAGGCGGGAGCGGCAAAGGGUGAACCCGGCGUCAUUGUCGUGCCCGUCGAAGCGGACACGGCGACGGAAGAGGUCACGCGGCGGGCCAAACAGAGGAUCGACAACGUGGUGGGCAGGCUGGCAUGA